UUCAAAUGACCAGCAUUCACGUUGAAUUCAGGGGUGAUUUUCUUGGUUGAUUUCAAGCCUACACACGCCACAGACGAAAAAAUCACCACUGGGAGCCACGAGCAGGAGCAGCAAGCCAGCUAUGAAGUCUUCAGCCUUCUUUCUUCUACGAAUCCGCGGCAGAAAAAUUUUGAACCUGCCCUGGUUGCUCACCAAUUUUCACCUAAAAAAAUACAGCGAAACGCGCAUGCAUUCCAUGUAUCGUCUAAUCAGGUGGCUUCGCUGUCUGUUCAUCGCUCCCUGCUGUCGUGCGGGGAAGGAGGAUCGAAGAGGAUCGAGCUCAAGGGCUCGUGGGCUCGUGGCCGAGACCGUUGACCUCUACAACGCCUGUCCUCUGCGAACAGGGAGAGGAGAAGAUGCCGCCGCCGCCGCCGCCGAGCAUCCGCCUGGGCCCCCGCACCCGUACCUGACGACCCACGGAGGCAAGGUCGCGAGGCUGCACCUGGUCGACUGGGUGGUGCUAGCCCUUCUCGUCGCCGUCGACGUGGGGCUCAACCUCGUCGAGCCGUUCCACCGAUAUACGCGGUCAUCGGGCCGAUCAUCAUCUUCGUCGGGAUCUACGUGAAGCGGAGGAAUGUGUGUUGGGAUUUGCUUCUUUGACGCCCAGACAGGGAGCAUGAACAGUAAGAAAGAUGACAAUGAAAGUAGGCGUCGAACUCUCUAAUAAUGAUUAGAAAAUUCAACCUUCUACACUAUGAAGAGGGGGGCUAUUUAUACCUCUAGCCUUCGGCUAGGUUUUCCUAAAUUGCCCCCUCCCAACUUAUUUACAGCUCACUUCUAGCCGGCUUCGGAGUAAAAUUACAAGGUGAGAGGUUUACAAAUCCGACCUUCUCACGUAAUCGAGAGGUGUACAAAUCCGACCUUC